AUGGCGUGUGAUUAAUCGUUGCUCGAUGCAGCGCUUAUUUACCUGGCAAUCUCCAUGGCGACUCGUCGGUUCUCGUGUUGGCGCGCGGCUCUCGUGCCAACAUCUCCUCCGCAUAUAUAUAUAUACCGCCACUGCACCAUUUUCGCUCGCCAAACUCGCGUGCACCAAUAAGCACCAUUAAAUUUGCUGCCCAAGAGUUUCUUUUUGUCAGUCACGCGCGGCCAACAUGGGCGUCAAGCAGCAGCAGCAGCUCUUCUUUUCCUUCACCAGCAUGUACGACGUUCUGCUCGACAAUCUGCAAAAGUCGCACAUGCGUGUGCAUUUGUACCGGGUGAUCUACAUCGGGGAGCACAGCAAUGAGCGCGCCGAGCAGCUGCACGAGUUCUUCGCCGAGUGCCUCGCGCGGAUCAAUCGCGACGCCCUAGACGCCCUGUGCGCCCUCUUCAUCCACUACUCGCGCCACUUCGUCCUCAUGCUCGAGGGUUCGGAGGAGGACAUCGUGCGGCACCUGACGAUCCUGACGCAAAGCGCGUCCGUCCACGCGAUCGGCGCGAUCCACGUAUUGAUCAUGUUGCGUGCCAACCAGAGGCUGCUGGACCCGGAGAACGGGUGGCGGGUGCUGCAGCUGAACCCUUCGGCCGAGGCGCACAUGUCCACUCGCCGGAUGAGCACCGGCGAACCCUGGCAGCAGGCGCGCAUCUGCGUCGACAAGAUCUUCCGACUGGCCGGCGUCCUCGCAGCCGCGCAGAUGAGUUGCGUCAGCGGUCCGCUGAUGGACAACGCGAUGGUGCCGGACGCUGGCAACCUUAGACAAGUUAUCGGAACCGGACUGCUGCAGAACUGCGGCGACUUUGCCGCUAGAUUGGCGCCGCCGAGCACCUUGGCUAACUUCAACGAUCACAUCUGGCCACCAGAGGACUUUUCUUGAAGGAUCGAAAAUAUUCCACUGUUAAUUUUGACAAAUGUAUCACACGAUCGAGUUUUCUUUUAAUUCAUGUUAAUUUAAGUCUCUAUUUCAAGUCCAG